UUUCGAUCUGCCCUUAUUUUAUCAAAGAAAGUAGGUGCCUUUCUGAUGACAUGGGAGAAUGGACUAGGACAAGGCUCUGUUCACCUUUGGCAAGAACUGUUUACAACAAAUUGAUAGAUGAUCAACGACACAGAGUGGACAAUCAUCGAUAUUGGUAUGAAUUCGAUGUAAAGAUGUUACCAGAAUAUCUUUGUGAUAGAUUUGUUCCAAGUCACCAAGACAACGAAACUAGUUUAUUCCUUGAAAACUGCUAUGAUAAGUCAGACUGGAUAUUUUCUCAGUUAUAUUUCUCAAUGGCCAGAGCAGUUUUGAGUUGGUUUAUGUCUCCAACAUCUAUAAAUGGUUGGUUAGACAGAGGUUCCAUGUUUGUAUUUUCUGUUGAUCAGAUAAAGGCUCUGUUAUCGAUACCAGAGGGAUGGAAAGCUGAAAACUUUAUUGAUUUAGGAGCUGGUGAUGGAAAAGUUACUCAGAAGUUUGGUCAUUUUUUUGAAAAUAUCUAUGCUACUGAAGCUUCUUCUGUUAUGGUAAAAAGAUUAGAAGAAAAAAAUUUCAAGGUGCUAGAUAUAGACUCUUGGAAUAAUGGUACUAUUAUAUAUGAUUUGAUUGGUUGUUUAAAUUUGUUAGAUAGAUGUGAUAAACCUAUUUCUAUUCUUCAUUCUAUAAGAAAAUCUUUAAGAAAGAGUAGUGGUAGGGCUAUUGUAGCUGUAGUUUUACCGUAUACACCAUAUGUUGAGUUUGAGUCUUCAAAUCACAAACCAACUGAAAGUGUUAUUAUUAGUGGCAAUAGUUUUGAAGAACAGACAAUAAAUUUGAUAAAAACUAUGUUUGAACCAGCAGGGUUUGAAGUUGAAAAGCUCACAAGAUUACCAUAUAUAUGUGAAGGUGACAUUCAUAAAUCAUUUUAUGUUUUAAGUGAUGCUGUUUUUGUGUUAAAACUUAAAGAAGAAGGCUGAUAUUGUGAUAAAGCAUUGAAGUAUUCUUUAAUUCUAUGCAUAAUGAUAUUUCUGUAUUCUUUUUAUGAUAUUAGAUGCCAUUCAAUGUGGUUUCUGGGACCCAAUUGAUGUAUUCUUUUGGAUAUGUACAAUGUCUAUUUUUUGUAUUGCUUUAUUUUUCUUGACCCAUAUUACAUGUUAUAUCCCUCAUCCAGAAUUUAGUCUUCCACAUUAAAAAUGUGUAAAUGACAUUAUUUUUGAUAUGGAUAAUGUUUUUGAUUUUGCCUUUAUUUAAAUUCAUAAAAGCAUUUAACCC